UUGAAUUGAUGAAAUACGCGUCCGUGUAUUUUGAUACUUCAUAUCUAUGACAGUGUGCUCCAUACCGUCUUCAUUUUUCGUUUACAAUUAAAGUUAAAAGCGAGUUUUUUAAUUUUUUUACGAAUUGAGGCUAGUACUCGUAACUGGGCAGACAAAAAUCAUGUCGGACUCACUGAUGGUAGAUGGUGGUAAAAUUGUUAAGAUGGAGGUGGAUUAUAGCAGUAAUUGCGAUACAAAAAUACCAGAAUGCGAAAAGUUGGCUGCAGAAGGGAAGCUGCACGAUGCUUUGGAUCAACUUUUAGUUUUGGAGAAACUGACUAGAACAGCAUCGGACAUGCCAUCAACUUCUCGAGUUUUGAUUGCUAUUGUCAAAAUAUGCUACGAAGCUAAAAAUUGGUCUGCUUUGAACGAACACAUUGUGCUCCUUUCGAAAAGGAGAUCCCAGCUGAAACAAGCUGUAACAAAAAUGGUUCAAGAAUGCUGCACGUACAUUGAUAAAACUCCAAACAGAGAGACUAUGACCAAAUUGAUAGAAACUUUACGUUCUGUAACCGAAGGAAAGAUAUAUGUUGAAGUUGAAAGGGCAAGACUUACUCAUAGAUUAGCUAAGCUGAAAGAAGAAGAUGGGGAUGUAGCAGCUGCAAAUGCUGUAAUGCUCGAAUUGCAGGUAGAAACAUAUGGAACUAUGUCAAGAAAAGAAAAGGCUUCCUUAAUUUUGGAACAGAUGCGUCUCUGUCUUAUGAAGCAAGACUUUAUCCGCACUCAAAUUAUAGCUAAAAAAAUAAAUAUAAAGUUCUUUGAAGAUGAGAAUGAUGAAGAAACGCAAGCAUUAAAAUUAAAGUAUUAUGAAUUAAUGAUGGAAUUAGCGCGUCACGAAGGUUGGUACUUGGAGCUGUGUCGUCAUAAUCGUGCUGUACUGGAAACUCCCACUGUGAAAGCAGAUGAAGAAAAGAGACACACUGCUUUAUCAAGGGCUAUUUUGUACCUCAUUCUAGCCCGACACGAACCAGAGCAAGCAGAUCUUACCCACAGAUUACUCGGGGAUAAGCUUCUUGAAGGAAUACCAAUCUACAAAGAACUUUUGAGAUUAUUUGUCAAUCCAGAGUUGAUUAAAUGGUCCGGUCUAUGUGAGAUUUACGAGAAAAAUUUGCGUGCAACAGAAGUGUUUUCUGCAUGUACAGAGGAAGGACGUAAACGCUGGAGUGAAUUACGAAACCGCGUAGUUGAACACAACAUCAGAAUAAUGGCCAAGUACUACACAAGAAUCACGUUGUCGCGCAUGGCUGAGCUGCUAGAUCUGCCGGUAGAGGAGACCGAGCAGUGUCUGUGCAACCUGGUCGAGAAGGGCGUGAUAAGUGCGCGUACCGACCGGCCAGCCGGUGUCGUACGAUUUACGAGGACGCAGGAACCUGCUUCGCUGCUAGAUGAGUGGUCCAGCUCGUUGUCAAAGCUCAUGAGCCUUGUCAACAAUACUACGCACUUGAUUCACCAAGAGGAGAUGCUUGCCAGUGCAAAGGCAUGAACUGCUGCUGUUGGUAUCGCGGUGUCAAGGCUGAAAUGCUGAUUAUUAUUUUCUCUCUUUUUACGACACACUUGCGCUUUCUGUCCAUUCUCCAGUUUUUUUUUCUUCAUUUCUCGUACCAUCGAGUUGAAUAAAAUCUUUAAUUAUUA